AUGAAGUCCAUCGCCGUUCUCACUUCUCUCCUUUCGCUCACCACGGCGGCCGUGAUUCCCAAUACCCUCACUCGUCGGGCUGAUCUCUGCGGCCAGUAUGUCCAGUCGAACGAAGGCGACUUCAUCCUUUACAACAACGCCUGGGGCAAAGACAACGCCGAGAAAGGUUCGCAGUGCACGGGGCUGGACUCCGUCAACGGCGACACCAUUUCCUGGCACGCAACCUGGUCAUGGAAAGGCGGCGACGGCUCCGUGAAGAGCUUCCCCAAUGCGGCCUAUCGGUUUGACGCAAAGACGCUCGAUAGCGUGUCGAGCAUGACCACCAAGUGGGAGUGGAGUUACACCGGUUCUGACCUCGUGGCCGACGUCGCCUAUGACAUGUUCCUCUCCUCGUCUGCCGACGGCGAUGCUGAGUAUGAGAUCAUGGUCUGGUUGGCUGCCCUGGGCGGCGCAGGCCCCAUCUCCUCGACCGGUCAGUCUGUCGCGACCACGACGAUUGGCGGCGUCUCAUUCGACCUGUGGUCGGGCAAAAACGGCAACAUGCAAGUGUACAGCUUUGUUGCCUCGUCGGAGGCUCAGAGCUUCUCUGGUGACUUGCUGGACUUCUUCCAGUACCUGGAGCAGAACCAGGGGCUGCAAUCGAGCCUGUACCUGACCGACGUGCAGGCAGGCACGGAGCCAUUCACGGGCUCAGGCGCGGAGUUCACGACAUCCACUUACUCGGUGACUGUUGCUUGA